CCUAGCUUAGUCUAAGAAUGGUUCCAGCGGCCAAGUCACCGGCUCCAUCGUCAGGAACUUCGAACUCCCGCAUAUGGGGGGUUACUUGGGCACAGACAGAACAAGGGUAUCCCUGUCCGUAAACUUGCCUAUUCGGGAAGAGCUGAACCCGGCAUUGGGCGCUCGAAUAUGACUAUCACAAGUUGGGCUGGUCGGGUUUGGUGAUAGCGUCUCCCUGAGACUUGGAAAAGAAAACAAGUACUUGCAUAAGUUUGAUUAGCUGGAGCAGCCACUCAUGCUCGUCACAGUGACCAAUAACUGUCCGAGGAUCCACCCGAGAUUAUAUCAGGCAAGAGUAUGUCGAUCACUUGGAUACGAGCACAUCUCUCUCCUAUUCUUGACGCCGCUAUUCGAGAAGGACUUUUCGUAACACACACAUACUCUAUCUUUUUACAAUUCUCGAAAAAACAAAUCUUUGAUUUCUCUUCUCUCGAACUCCGAGAAGCCCCGUUUUGUGAUCCACACUUCAAGUGUUAGAUCUCGAUAGUCAAGAUGCGCGCCUCUACCUACUUCAUUCUCUCAUUCAUCGGCGUAGCUCAUUGCCUUCCGGCUUUCUUGGCCGAAGCAAAGCGGAGUCUUAUCAAUCUCAGCCCGAAUGUUGACCUAGGCCUGGGUGUCAGCAAUGAUAACUCCUGCCUCGGCAUUGGCGUCUCCGUCUGUGAUCCUAUCACUGUCAAUUCUACCGAAACUUCAACAGCCACAAAAACUACACCAUCUCAAGCCAAAGCUGUGUCAAGUAGUACCAGCAGCGGUAGCGACAACUCCGGGGAUGACUCCUUGAUCAACGUCAGUCCCGACGUGGGACUUGAUCUCGGUCUCAGCAAUGACAACAGCUGCUUGGGCAUUGGCAUCAGUGCUUGUGAUCCAAUCACCGUCGACUCAGAUGUAACCAAAACCGUCAACAAUGAUGACAGUAGCAGUAGCAGUAGCAGUUCGCCAUCGCCAUCGCCAUCGCCAUCAAAGGAGAAGAGCGACAACUCUAGCUCCAGUACGUCUCAUACCAGCGACAGCAACAGCGACAGUGGUGACAGUCUACUCAACCUCGACCCAGACGUCUCGCCGGAUCUCAACCUAUCCAAUGACAACAGCUGCCAGGGAAUUGGCAUUUCGGCAUGCGACCCUAUUACAGUAGGCUCUGAUGUUACCAAGUCGAGCUAAACAUCGCGUCCAUUAUUUUGCAUUGCACUUGAAGCAUGUUACGCGUUUCUACCAUUCCUGUUACCUACUCAUACCACAAAAUACUUUCUUGUAAAUAAUUAAAAAAUGGUUCAUACGUUGGAUUGGUUAAUUUCGGGGUUAAUCUGUAAUGUUUGGUUUGUCAGCGAAGCAAAUUGUAUAGGAUCUCCUUGUGCUAGUCACAAAUAUACAUAUCUUUUGGUUCUUCCUCAUCAU